ACCACAGGAAUUCACAGCCAAAAGCCUCUAGUUUUGUGGAGCACUUACCUAUAUAUUCAGAAGCAUCAAAUCUCUGGGAAUUCAACAAACAUAAACUUCAAGUCUUUUCGAAAACAAAAGCCUUCUUCAACAAAUUACAAACUUUCAUAUGCUUAGCCAAGUGUUUAAAGAAUCGAGAUUAAUUAGAAAAUGAGUUCAACAAGCAGGGCAUGUGUUACAGCAGUGAGUUUGGGAGUGGUAGAGGCACUGAAAGAUCAAGGAAUUUGUAGGUGGAACUACACAUUAAGAGCCAUACAUCAACACGCAAAAAACAAUGUAAGGUCAUAUUCACAGGCCAAGAAGCUCUCUUCUCACUCUUCUUCUUUGGUUUCUACAAACAAAGAUCAAUUGAAGCAGUCUGAGGAGUCUCUGAGGAAAGUCAUGUAUUUGAGCUUCUGGGGUCCUAAUUGAACCCUAAUAACAGUUAAAUUUAGUGUUAUCUGUUUGUACAUAGUCUUUGACAAUAUUGAGAGGUCAAAUGAUGAAUGGUUAAACGAGUAAUUUGUAAAGCUUGGGGGUAAAUUACCCAGCCAAAAUUAAUAAUGGAUAGACCUUUUUUUGUCUUUUGCAAUCCACAUAUCUUGUCUCAA